AGACCCUGUUCUACCAGAACAGACACGCCACAUUGAAUACGCUCUGGAAGGGGAGUGUAUUGCGGGCACUUGGUUCUCACUGCCUCGACAACCUUUUUUCGUGCUCGGGUGAUUGCACAUGCUCAACACAUCCAACGAGCGACCGACUACGCUGCACAUAUACAAUUUUGGGAGCGUGUUUGGAAAUCGCAAGAUUAUCAAAGGGGAGGAUAAGAUAUCAACUUUAUAUUUUAUGCAGAACACUCGAAGUUCGCUUCAUUGGACAUUUGAUCUGCACGCCGAUGGCCCAGAUGGCCCCCUGCUUUGUCGAGCUCAGUCUUCGUACAAUGGGCCACCACUGAUGAAUGAGGUCAACCAUGGACCUACUACUCUAUCCAUGACUGCUGUCAGACGGCCAGUCAAGAUGGAGAGGAAGCGCGGGGCCUUCGACGGAACGGUUUUCUUCAAGGGUCCCGAUCAGAAAGAGUAUCGCUGGCAAACGACUGCACGGCUGUUUAGUGCUGCGAUGGAGUGUUUAGAUGCCGAGGACGCCCUCGUAGCAACAUAUCGUGUAACAUCUAUGUCGGUGACGAAAGAUGGCGUUCUCGUGGUUCAACCCUCGGGAAUGUUCAUGCUCGACCUACUCGUCGCUACCAGCCUUGCGAUGCGCACGCCCAAUAACUGAAAUGUCUCUCGGACACUUUCCCCUCUGCUCAGAGGAUCUAUUUCUGAUGGAUAGUCAUUAAUGUGGUACUAUUUUUAUUUUUGCGCGGGUCGUAUUUUCGUAAUUCGCCGCAUCAGUCAUUUACUGUCGGUAUGUAUCUACGCAUAAACUACCCUUCUAGUAAGGGCUGCGUAACAGCCCAAUUGUCCU